UCCACCAGAAUCCAUCUUUGUGUGUACCCCGUCUUCUUCAUCUUCCUCGCUCUCCGUGUUGACUCUUGAGCCGAUCCAACCAUACACAACAACGCGAUUCUCCUGUAAGUCAGACGAUUUCAGCUGAUUUUCUAGAAAGUUUUUAAGAUUUAAUCUGAGCUUGUUAUAAAGCAAGAUUUCUGAUUAAUCUAGAGAUGCCUCGGGACUUGUCAAGAUCGAGGUCUCCUUCUCCACGGCGCAGAAAGCACUCGAGGUCUCCUGUUAGGCAUAGGCAUAGCAGGAGAAGCAGAAGAGACAGGAGCCGUUCUCCAUACUCGUCUUAUUCCUAUAGCAGGUAAUUAUAAUAAUGCGGCCGAGCUCCUUGUCUACCCUUAUUAAUUGGUUCGUCAUAAGGAUUGUAAGAAACUAAGAAAGAUUGGUGGAAUGGAACAUUGUUUUUUAUCUUGCUGCCUAGAAAUGUAAUGUGUUUAACCUCUAUUAUUCUUAUUAUUACCAACUUCUUUUAGUAGCCUAUUCUUAUUCAAUCGAGAGAGAGCUCUAUCUGAAUGAUACAGAUGCUAUCGUUAGUUUUUGAGUGAUGGUCUUGUUGAAAACAUUUUUUCUAAUCGUGUUUGAUUACUGUAAGCAGUUUUGCCUGAAAUCUUAAUUUAUUGGAUUAUUUUAUUACCGGAGUUUCGCGUUUUAGGUAGUGCAGCCUGAAUAUUCAUAAAAAUGCAAUUUGUAGUUGGGUUAACAUUACUGGUUUCUGAUCUAAUUUCUCUCAGAAGUUCCAAGUUAAAACCUUUUUUUUUUAAUCCUGUUGAUGGUUGUCUUUGAAUUUUCCUGAGCAGUCAUUAACAAUAAAGAGAUAAAAAAAAAACCACCUUAUAUUUCUAAGUAGGAUAAUAGAAUGAUUUGUUGACAACAUGGCUGAGAAAUUAGGAAGAGGAUCCUGAAUCCAUGCUCUUGCCAUUAUGUUAAAAGCUCAAAUUUCUUCCCGUUCUAUGGGAGGUGAAGUGAGCAGGUGAUGCUGUUGGUUAUUCUUUCAUUGAUCUUUUCUCACAUUAGCUUCCUCAUCUGAUAAAAGUUGGAGCUGAUAAUUCUUAUCAGUGUAUGAGACGAAGAAGUCGUUCUAUUUCUCCUAGGCGCCCCCGGAGUCGAUCUGUUACUCCUAAGCGACGUUCACCAACACCAAAACGUUACAAAAGACAAAAGAGUAGGAGCUCUUCUCCAUCUCCUGCAAGAAGAUCUCCUGCCACAACCCUUGAGUUAGCUAAAAAUAGGAAUGGGGAAAAACUAAUCAAAGAAGAGGAAGAACGGAAAAGGCGACAGCAGGAAGCAGAGCUAAAGCUAAUAGAGGAAGAAACUACUAAACGGGUUGAAGAAGCUAUUAUGAAAAAGGUUGAAGAAAGCUUACAGUCUGAGAAAAUCAAAAUGGAAAUUCUAACGCUCCUGGAGGAAGGACGAAAGAGACUUAAUGAAGAAGUCGCAGCUCAACUUGAGAAGGAGAAGGCAGCUUCUCUUAUCGAAGCCAAAGAAAAAGAGGGCGUCAUGCGGUGUUUGUUGCAGGAAAGAGAGCAACAAGGGAUAGAAGAGAUGUCGAGAAUCGAAGAGGAGAACCGGAAGAAAAUAGAAGAAGCUCAGCUGAAAGAAGCAAUGGAGAGGCAAAGGAAAGAGGAGGAACGUUAUCGGGAGCUUGAGGAGCGUCAAAGACGGAAGGAAGAAGCGAUGCGAAAGAAGAAAGCAGAAGAGGAAGAAGAACGUCUAAAACAGAUGAAACUGUUGGGUAAAAACAAAUCACGCCCUAAACUAUCGUUUGCCUUAAGCUCCAAGUGAAUGGAUGAAGGGAAAAAAUGAAAAUGAUUCUGUUGUGAUGAUGAUAUGUGUUUCUUUCUCUCAAAGAUGCUUUAUGAUUAUUUGUUGGUGCUUAAACCCUUUUAUAUUAUCCUGUAAUUCUAGCUUUUAGAUUCU